AUUUGGUGGGAUUUGUUGUUUACAACGCACGUGCCGCUUCUUGUUUGGGCAAACAAAAAAGCCAAACAGCAAGGAAAUUUUACGCAAAUAAAUUACAAUUCGGCUUGGAUUUAACCAUGAGCAUUGAAAAUAUUUAUACCUCUAUAGCCUGCAAUCGAACUACGGAAAGUGCCGAUUGGGGUAAUAAUGGUUUGAUCGUAUUUGGUGCCUGCAACUGUGUGGCCAUUUAUGACCCAAAGUUUAAAGGAUUUUCUGCUAAAAUAACCCAUACCUAUGUCAAGCAUACCAAACGUGUCAAUACAGUAAGGUGGCUUAAGUCCUUCCAUAGCCCUUUGGAGGAGACGUGCUUCGUUUCCGGUUCCGAUGACAAGUUGGCUAUUUUAUGGGAUUUUUCCAAUCCCCAGGAUGUUAAAAGUUACGAACUGAAAGGCCACGAGAGUGGUGUAAAUGCUGUUGAUGGCUUGCAACGUUGCAAUGGAGAAUGGAUUAUAGCCACAGCUGCCGCUGAUAGCACCAUUAAAUUGUGGUCUUUUAAUUUUCAAAAUGGAGCCUUGCCAGAAUGCAAACAAACCCUAUUGCUGAACACCGGUUACUGUUUCACCUUAAGGCUUUGCCUCCUACCCAAGUCCGAACAAAUAUUAUUAGCCUUUACGGCUGAUGAUGAAACAGUAGCCUUAUGGACCGAAGGCGAAGAAACACCAUUUAAUUUUCAUCCCGUUCACAAGCUAGUGGGCCAUGAAGACUGGGUUAGAGGUUUGGAUUUUGUGCGCGAAGGUGAUGAUCUGCUUUUGGCCAGUGCUUCGCAAGACAAUUUCAUACGUUUGUGGCGUAUUGCUCCACGCAGCGCUGAACAGGUCAAUAAUAACAAAGUGGAUAUAUUUAAUCUUUUGGAUGAAUCCACUGGAGAUAUACGUGUGGAGGAGAAAAUAAUACAGGCCUCGGGAAACAGUUGGUAUGCCAUUAGUCUGGAAUCUGUUUUAUAUGGCCAUGAUAAUUGGGUCUAUGGUGUGCAUUGGCACAAGUCGGCGGACAAUGAAUUGAGUCUGUUGUCGGCCUCCAUUGACAAGACUCUCAUUCUAUGGCAAUCAUCCGAUGAAAGUGGUAUUUGGAUGGAGAAAGUGCGUUUGGGAGAAGUGGGAGGCAAUUCCCUGGGAUUCUUUGGAGGAAAAUUUUCCAGCGAUGGCAAAUCCAUACUUGGCCAUAGCUACCAGGGAGGCUUUCAUUUGUGGAAGCAAAAUGAGGAAAAUGAAAAUAUUUGGGUGCCACAGGUUAUUAUUGGUGGCCAUUAUGGAGAAGUGCGUGAUCUGGCAUGGGAGCCUCAAGAAGAGUAUGUAAUGUCCGUUUCUGCCGAUCAGACCACAAGAAUACAUGCGCCUUGGCGUUUGUCUGCUUCAGAAGACACAUGGCAUGAGUUGGCCCGGCCCCAAGUGCAUGGUUAUGAUAUGCAAUGCUUAGCCAUGCUUUCUCGUUAUAAAUUUGCCAGCGGAGCAGAGGAGAAGAUUGUAAGAACUUUUCAAGCCUCAGCUAAUUUUAUAGAGAAUUUCCGAAGGAUUACUAAGGUGGAAAACGAUGAGGAGGGAAGUGCUUUAUUGGAAUCUUUGCCCAAGGGUGCCUCUGUUCCUUCUUUGGGCCUCUCAAAUAAAGCAGUUUACAACACGGAAGACUCAACCCCUGCAGAACGUCACGUCAAGGAUGAAUAUCCUGAAAAUUAUUUUACCCCAAUUACCAUGGAUGCUCCUCCACAGGAGGAAACUCUUAUGCAAAACACACUUUGGCCUGAAGUGCAAAAACUCUAUGGGCAUGGUUAUGAAAUUUAUGCAUUAGCCGCCUCUUCUGACUCCCACCUAUUGGCCUCUUCUUGCAAAUCAACAAAUGCCGAACAUGCACAAAUUAUUCUUUGGAAUACGGCAAACUGGAAGCAGAUACAAAAAUUGCCCUCUCACCAACUGACAGUGACUCAAAUGCGUUUUUCACCCAAUGGUCAAUAUUUGUUAUCGGUUUCAAGGGAUCGUAGAUGGUCCUUGUUUGAACGUUCAUCUUGCGAUAGUAAGGUAGCUCAGUUUAGUUUAACAGCGAGCACAGAUAAAACGAAUGGUGUUCACACGCGCAUUAUAUGGUCGUGUGACUGGAGCCAUGACAAUAGCUAUUUUGUAACAUCAUCGCGAGAGGGUAAGGUAGUAGUGUGGGCUAAAAACAAUGAAGAACAAGGCAAAUCUACCCUAAAUGGCUGGCAACAUUUGGAGGUAUUGGAAAUUAAACAAGAAUCCAUCACAGCGGUAGCAUUUGCAAAUGGUUUACAUGCGAAUGGUUCAUACAUUCUUGCCUUGGGCUGCGAAACUGGCCAUGUGUACAUAUAUGAAUUCAAUGGAAAAUGGAAUUUGCUAGUGGCCAUGAAUAACUCGCAAUCACAUCAUUUAACUGUUAAGCGUUUACAGUUUAGACCUAACGCUAGCACGGAGGGAAAACACCAAUUCCAAUUGGCCAGUUGUGGCGAAGAUAAUCUAGUUAGAAUAUAUCAAUUGAAUUUGUAAAAUCUAAUAUAGGUACAUAUUUAUGUUUAAAUUCUCUUCAUUUACUUUUAUAUUAGCAAAACCUAACGUACAUAGAUAUUUAUUUGUUGUUGUGGCUGGCUGAAAACCACUUAGAACAACAACAACAACAAACAUAGAUAUUAACACAUCCAUACAAAAUUAUUUAAUAAAUGUAUAUCGCUUUACUUGGUUAUCGUCCUUAAAUGGGAUAGCACAAAAUUAAA